AUGGAUUUGGUCCAAAAAGCAUUCCUCCGAGCUUGCAUUAAUCACAGCUGCCUUGAUCUGGAGCAGAUUGAUGUCAUAUUGAAACCAAUGUGUGAGCAUCACGGAGUAACCAAACCUAGUAAGGAUACUUUGCGCGAUUUUGUUGGUGAUAUAGCGGCAACCAUUAAGGAAUUGAAGCAAUCUUUGCGGUUUAUAAAGCAUCCCAUCAGUGGCAAGGAGUACCUUGUCUUUGGGCUCACCGAUGCCACACCCGAUACGCAUAAUCAUCCCGGCUUGACGCCAGAGGAGUGUCAGUAUUUUUCCAUAAUAUUGGACAAGCUGGCGGUGCAGGAGGACUUUCACAUAGCCUGGCAUGAGGCUUACUCUGUGGAUUUCAAAGGUUCGUCACGACCACCAAAGAAGCAUCGCAUGCAGGAGCUGGUGCAGUUAUGGACCGAUAUGGGCUACUUUCUGGAGGCGCAGGAUCAACUGUAUUUGGGACCACGUAGCAUAGUAGAGUUUGAGUUUUAUUUACGCUCCAACUAUGAGGACACAAUCAAGGAAUGUGCGCUCUGCCGCCAGCUGGUGCUCUGGGAUGUCAAGUGCUCCGAUUGCGGGCGAAAGAUCCAUCGCGAGUGCAUACGCAAAUAUUUAAGAACACGUUCGAAUUGCCCCAGCUGCAAUAAGAAAUGGUGCACACGACUUAGCAUAUAACUUAUACAUAGCUUAAACAAAUAUACAUGUUACAAUUAUUAAAUGUAUGGCCGCUCCCAAGCGUCCAAUUAAUGAAAUUACAAAUGCUUUAUUUAAUUUAUAUUUCGUAUUUUAUAAGCUAAUAUUUCAUGUUUCACUAUUUUUCUCAUUUCAUUUUGUGAACUUCAAUUAAAAAUUUCAGUAUUUUUUUUUUAUAAGUUUACGUUUUUUGGGCUUAAGCGUUAACUUUUACAUUAGGCUUCUCAAACUUACAAAUUAUAUGAGUGACAAUAGUAAAAGUAUCAAUUUUCUUCUCAAUAAAUCAAAAAAUGUUCAGUUGCCACAGUUAAUUAAUUAUUGUUGGGGCUCUGUUGUUACUCUUUGCUAAACUACUUUGUUAUUUUUCUUAUAUCCUAAGGUGAAUUUAAUCUUUCACGCUCAGCUCUGGGUUAU